AUGCAAGAGGUGGGGAAUGACUCUUUGACUUACUUAAAUGUAUCUCACAACUCUUUGACAGAAGUUGAGCACUUUCCAUGGAAGAAUAUUGCAGUUCUUGACUUAAGCUCCAAUUUGAUCCGUGGAAAUCUUCCGAUUCCAGCUUCAACAAUCAAUAUCUUUCUGAUCUCAAAUAAUAGUUUCAAUGGAGAGGUCUCUUCCUUAAUCUGCAAUGUCACUUCUCUUCAAAUUCUUGAUUUGUCCCACAAUAACUUCAGCGGAACAAUUCUGCAAUGUUUUGGAAAUUUGAGCGACAGACUUGAAUUCUUGAAUCUGAAGAUGAACAAGUUUUAUGGGAUGAUUCCUCCAACAUUUGCAAAGGGAUGCCAAUUAAGUAAUUUAAACUUAAAUGGAAAUCUGUUAGAAGGGCCUUUGACACCAUCCAUCCUUAAUUGUAAAGGUCUGGAAGUGCUAGAUCUUGGUAACAACAAGAUCAAUGAUACAUUUCCUCAUUGGUUGGGAAGUCUUCCACAGCUACAAGUUCUUGUAUUGAAGUCAAAUCAUAUGCAUGGUUCCUUGUGUGUCAAUAGCUCCAAGUCUAGCCCUUUUUUCUCUAAAAUCCAAAUUUUUAAUCUCUCAAGUAAUUAUUUUUCUGGACCCCUACCAGUGAGAUACAUCAACAGCUUCAAGGCUAUCAUAAAUAGAGAGAAGAUUGGUAGUAUAGUGUCGUACAUGGGGGUGUAUGGUGGUAGAGAUGGUUCCUUCUAUACCGAUUCCAUUGGAAUUGUUAUGAGGGGACAAUAUAUGGAAUUGGUGAAAAUUUUCACCAUGUGGAUGAUCAUUGAUCUAUCAAACAAUCAGUUUGAAGGGGAGAUUCCAAAGGUUAUUGGGAAGCUUAACUUACUAAAAGGGCUCAACCUUUCUCAUAAUAACCUUAAUGGUGGUAUCCCCACCUCAAUAGGGAAUUUAACAAGUCUUGAAUGGUUGGACCUAUCUUCAAACCAGUUGUCUGGGACGAUUCCAAAUAGAUUGGCAGAUCUGCCAUUUCUUUCGUCCUUAAAUGUUUCUGAAAAUCAACUCCAUGGUCAGAUUCCUCAGGGAAAACAAUUCAACACAUUUGGAAAUGAUUCAUAUGAAGGUAAUAAGGGACUAUGUGGGUUUCCUGUCUCGAAAGGUUGCAACAUCAUUGAGCCAGCACCUCGAAAUGUGCUUGAAAAAGAUGGCUCAAAAUCAAACAUUGCCUUUGGUUGGAAAGUGGUGUUGAUAGGUUAUGGAUGCGGAGUAGUGUUCGGAAUGUCCGUGGGAUAUGUUGUUUUCCAAACUGGUAAGCCGAAAUGGUUGAUGAAUUUGGUUGAAAACCAACAUAAGAAGAGGCAAAGAAGAAAGUCAAAGAAAGGCGAUCGCAACAAUAGACGAAGAAGGAUCUAA